AUGGCUUUUACUGAUUCUAGCCGAAGGUUCAUCAAGCGGCUGCGAAUACUUUCCAUAUCAGGAGACCCCGUGCUCUCCUCCACAGAGAGUGGCCGCACGAAUUCAUCACGGGACCAGCGGCGCGACCGUCUUCGAAACAUUCCCAACACCUAUAGUGUCUACGUCUGUCCCAGCUCUCCCCCUCGUGUUGCCAGAUCGCACCAGAGCCCAUCAGCGGAAAAUCUCUGCUCACCCAGGCGUGGCGUGGGCAAGACUGUGGAAAAAAAUUCGGACCCGUCUCCUGCUGGGCUAGACAAAUCCUCGGGGACAUUUAUUAACCGAACUGCCAGUACUGCUAGCGGCUGGCGAAGCCGAUCAAAAUCGGCCGGUGAGGGAGCCCUUGGUGAGUGCGUCUCCGGCUGCGAGAGUGAACCGGUCAGCUCCUCCAUUGUAAAUCAUGGCAAGCGGAGCGGUAGCAAGAAGUCUCGAAAUCACACGAGCGGUCGCAGUCGACGAUGGGGCAAUAGCCAGGAUCACCAGCAUAGCCAAACUAUGGAUAGUUGGGACAGUGUACGAGUGGAAGACUUCAUUGACGAGGACUUCGAUUUUGAGGCCAAUCUAGCUCUCUUCGACAAACAGGCUUUUUACGAUGAAGCUGAUGCUAAGUUGGCCGCUGACGGCAAACAUCCGCCUCCUCGACCAUGCUUCCCCGCGGAUGAUCAGGUUCUCGUGGAAGGUCCCAACGGCAUCGGAUUCGUACCCAGAAGUUGUAAGUUUGUCUGCCUUUUUUUCCUGCCUAGGUUCGUAGUCACAUUCUCUUCUAGCCUGAUAAUUUUUUUGUAG